UGCGCUGUGUGUGAGUGCGUGGAAGGGGACACAAGGGGGAAGUAGGGGGAAGAAGGGGGAGAAGGGGGGUGAAACAUGACUGUGGUGACCGGAGAGAACCUGGAUGAGACUGUGGCACUCCAGGACGUGCACGACCCGGAGCGCGCCGACAACCACGACUGCUGCGAGCGCGUGGUGGUCAACAUCUCGGGGCUGCGCUUCGAGACGCAGCGGAAGACACUGGCCCGGUUCCCACGCACGCUCCUCGGGGACCCGCGCAGGAGGAUGCGCUACUUCGACCCGCUGAGGAACGAGUACUUCUUCGACCGGAACCGGCCCAGCUUCGACGCCAUCCUGUACUACUACCAGUCCGGGGGGCGGCUCCGGAGACCCGUGCACGUGCCCGUGGACAUCUUCAUGGAGGAGCUCAAGUUCUACGAGCUCGGGGAGGAGGUGAUCGAGAACUUUAAGGAGGACGAGGGCUUCAUCCGGGAGGAGGAGCGGCCCCUGCCGGAGAAGGAGUUCCAGAAGCAGGUCUGGCUCCUCUUCGAGCACCCGGAGAGCUCGGGACCCGCGCGCGGCAUCGCCAUCGUAUCCGUGCUCGUGAUCCUCAUCUCCAUCGUGAUCUUCUGCCUGGAGACUUUACCGGAGUUCAGAGAGGAGCCGCGCGCGUUUGGGGAGCUGCCGGCGGGGAACGGAACCGCGCGCGCCAAGAAGCCGAACCCGUUCACGGACCCGUUCUUCAUCGUGGAGACGCUGUGCAUCAUCUGGUUCUCCUUCGAGCUGCUGGUGCGGUUCCUCGCGUGUCCGAGCAAGCCCGCAUUCUUCAAGAACAUGAUGAACUCCAUCGACAUCGUGGCCAUCAUGCCCUACUUCAUCACGCUGGGGCUCGAACUCGCGGAGCACCAGGGGAACGGGCAGCAGGCCAUGUCCCUGGCCAUCCUGAGGGUCAUCCGCCUGGUGAGGGUCUUCCGCAUCUUCAAGCUGUCCCGCCACUCCAAGGGGCUCCAGAUCCUCGGUCAGACCCUGAAGGCCAGCAUGCGGGAGCUGGGUCUGCUCAUCUUCUUCCUCUUCAUCGGCGUCAUCCUCUUCUCCAGCGCCGUCUACUUCGCCGAAACCGACGACCCGGACUCGGGCUUCACCAGCAUCCCCGACGCCUUCUGGUGGGCCGUGGUCUCCAUGACGACGGUGGGCUACGGGGACAUGUGCCCGGUGACCAUCGGGGGGAAGAUCGUGGGCUCGCUGUGCGCCAUCGCCGGCGUGCUGACCAUCGCGCUGCCGGUGCCGGUCAUCGUGUCCAACUUCAACUACUUCUACCACCGCGAGACGGAGGGCGAGGAGCAGUUCCGGUACACGCACGUGACCUGCGGCCAGCAGCAGUUCGGGGAGCUCGAGCGCAGCGACAGCGGCUCGUCCGUGUCCAAGAUGGACCACCGGGACCGGGACGACGCGGACUCCGUGAAGCGCACCAACUGCAGCCCGCAGAGAGGCUGCAGCGGGAGGCUCACCGACGUGUGACCCCCCACCGGGAGGAGACGCGUUCAAGGAGCAUCAGAGGAACCCGCAUCCACCACGCGCACGUCUUCCAUCACGCACGGCGAGUCAGGGAGGCUUAGAAAUGAUUGUAGCACUUUAAUAUGAUUAAUAUGAUUAUUCAUAAUUCUCUUAGUAAUUUAUUGUAAUGAUAAUAAUGCAGCUUUAACGUUUACAUUCAUCUUAUUUUAUGUCUGAGGCAACACGAGACCAAAUAAACCCAAAUAUGCAACUGAAGAGGCUCACACACACGCACGAACACACGCACACACACGCGCACGCACACACACACACACACACACACACACACACACUAAACUCCUCAGUUUGUGAAUCAGGUUUUUACUGUUUUUUCUCAAACCACGCCCCCACGUGGAGGAGCCCCGCCCACCAUGUGGAGGCAGUUUCUAUAGCAACCCUCCAGACUUUUCUCCCCGUAUCGUCUGCAAUGAGGAACUAAUGAGAUGCAGGAAAUGAUCCCAACUGACACUAAUAAUCUGGCCAGUGACGUCAUCUAAAAGUGCAGAGUUCAUGUGUUUGAGAGAGCAAAAAAGAUUAUAUUUAUAUUUAUCGGUUUAAUAUCAGCUAAAUUUAGAAACAUUUAUUGCCACAUGUUGCACAUUGAGGAAUUUUACUUGAUGAAUAUAAGAAUGAAAACAGAAUAAAACAAAAGGUUUUUCCUUUGUUAGAAAUAUCUCAAAAUAAAUAUAUGAGACGGAAAAAAACAUCUUAUAGAGAGAUAUAAAAAUAAGUUUUUUGUGAGUAAAAUAAGUUGAUUUGGAAUCUUUGAAACAGAAUUUCCUUCUUUAAUAAUCUUUAAUAAGCUCGUUAGGUAAAUGUAACAUUUUGAAAAUCUAAAUUUAGGUUUUUAUAUUUUAUUUUAAGUUGUGUCACAUUUUAUAUUUGUUCAGAGCGUCACAAAUAAACAACAAACAUCAACAUUUUUAAAAUUCCACUUGACAAUUUUAGUUGCGUUACUUUAACUUAAACCCCUUAAAUACUGAACGAUGAUGACGUCGCUUCCUGCUGGAAGAACUUAAUGGAUCUCAGAGAAGCAACAAGUCGCCUCUUCAAAGUUUACAAAAGGACAAACGGAAUAAAAAGGUUGCGUUCAAGGCCUGUGAGAUUAUCAGCUGCUGAGUCAUCGACACGCGGACGACCAAAAGAUUCACAACAGCGGAGGGCAGGUGAAGAACGACGAGAGGGAUCGAGAGCCCUGCUUCCUCCUCCUCCUCCUCCUCCUCCUCCUCCUCCUCCUCCUCCUCCUCCUCCUCCUCCCCAAAAACAAAAACAACAUUAUCUAUAUUUUUUGAUCAUCAUGUUUUAUAUGGAGAGGAAUUCUUUUAAUUCUUUUCUAGAUUUUUAACAUUUUUUUAACGUGUUUAUUGUAAAAAAUAUUGAAAUAUGAGGAAUGUUGGUUUGGAGAAUCGAGGAGUCAUCGCCUGCACACGUUUGACUCCAGCUUCCAUGUGAUUGUGAUGCGUGUUUUGACCAGAAUGCUGUUUCUCUUGUUAUUUCUGAUUAUUGAUGACGUCUACCUCGUCUCCGCCGCUCGCAUCUUCUGAUUUAAGGAAUAAAAACGCUCCUCAAACUGCCGGUUGAGUAAAAAAAGAAGCUAAAAAUGCUUGAGGAAAUGUGUAAGUAAAACGCAUGAAGUAGGGAUGAAUAGAAGUUAGUGUUGGGCAAGGAUUAGAUAAAAAAUAAUUGAAAACAAACUUUAAUCGCAUGAUUUUUGCGAUUAGUUGCGAUUAAUUGCAAAAUGUAAUAAAUCAUUCAAAAGUAGUGUGCGCAGAAUGUGACUUUUAACCGCAGACCUCCGUUUACCAAGGAGUCGUUAAAUAUUUCUUGAAAAUCGAAACUUAAAAAUGAAUUCAAUCCAAGGCAUUAAUCGAUAAAUGUUUAGUGCAAUAAUAUGUAUGAAUAAGAUGUGAUAAUCCAUCAUCAGCCUUUUAUCCAAGCAUCCAGAACCUGACUCCACCCUUUCAUUUGCACAUUUAAAUUCAUUGGUGGGUUCCCUCUGUACAGGACUUUAUUUGACUGCUUAUCUUCCAGUCUUUGUGCUAACCCCCCCAUCCCCCCUCUGUGUUAGCUUAGCUUGGCUAAAGGGCUGGGAGCAGUGGGAAACUGCUAGCUUAGCAUAUGACAUCCAACGCCUCAAAGCGGUCUGGUUUCCAUGGUUUCAGGGUUAUUUAGUGUCUGAGCGACUUGGUCCAUCAAAGACAAGACAAGUUAUUGAAGGGACGAGGCGCUAUGAGGACAGACAGGGCGGGUCGGUCCUCGAUGCUGCUCGACCUCUGAUUGGCUCGUCCCGAUAUUCCCACCCUCACCCCGACCAGUUCCACUGACCGGGGCAUCGGGUACCAGCCAAUCAGAGCCAUCGAGAACUUGCUUCUUCAAUUUCAAGAUGCCUUUAGCGUAGCUUAGCAAAGACACUGUUAGGAGGUGUUAAUAUAAACAAAUAUGUGAGGCUGUAUUGUAGAAGUGGUUAGCUUUGGAGCUACUUGUUAGCAUUUUGAAUGGUAGCCUUUAGCUUGGUCUCAUCCACAUUCAUCUUAUUCAAAUCCAACAAAACUUUCUUCUUUAUUUUACUGGUUAUCUUCCAGUCUUUGUGCUAACCCCCCCCCCCCCCCCCCUGCUCACAUGGAAGGUCAGCGACCUUCAGGCCGGGUCUGAAGGUCGGUUGAUCUGUUGUUCUGAGGGAGGACUUUCGCUUUAUUGAUCAUUAAAGUCUGCUUUUAAUGCACAAAUAAGAAAAACAGCAAUAAUGCUUUUUGCGAUCUACUUUUUUACAAAAUAAAUCUUUAGUCCUGAUCAGUUUUAAUCAGUUGUUUCAGAUCAAUUCUUAUUUUCUGUGUGCUUUUGUUUUUUCCACCACUGUGAAGCCGGAUUGGAACUGUGUGUAGGUACAUGUGUGUACAUGUGUGUAAAUGUGUGUGUCGUUUGUGUACAUAUGUCUACACGUGUGUGUUGUUUUUGUACCUGUGUGUACUUGUGUGUGUGUACAUUUUCUUAUUAAAUCACAAUAUUUGUCAGUGAAUGUUGAGCUGUGAAAGGCUUCAUAAGUUCCACUGUAGAAGUGACCAGUUGUUAGAGAAUAAUACGAAAUAUUAACAAAAUAACAAUGUCGUCAGCAGCAGAGUGAUUUAAAGUUGAGAGUGCCUUAAUCAUCAGCUCAUUUAAAGAGGAGGAGUGUCUUUAGAUUGUAUUUAAAUAGUAAUAUAUCUGUAAUAACGUGUCGUAGAUGAAUGUGAAGUCUUUCUGCUACAAAUAAAGUAAAAAAUGAAGCUAAAAAAAACAAGAACGAGGAUUGUUUUGAGGUAAAUUAAUUUGUUUAACAAUUAUUCAUAUUUCUUGUUUGUUUUACUCUUUAAUAAAAAACAGAUUGUUAAACCGUGCAAAUGUUAUUUUUCAGGUCAAGGAGGAAUGUCCAGAUCCAAAUAUGUUUUAAUAUUUCUUGAGUAUUUUCUGGAUUGUAAUCUUCUGUUUUGUGAUUUGUAAUCCUGAAGUUAAAAAAAGGAAAUAUGCAGAUAAUCUCCUUGUGAAUAAUGAAGUCAUUUGUGAUUUGGGCUGAAACAACAUUUGCAAUUGUGUCCUCUGAACAUUUCAUGUCCUCAUACAAUCUUAAUUCAUUCACUUAUUAGCCCUGGAGCUACGUUAGGAGCAGUCUGAAGCUACUUAAGACACUUUAUCCAAACUCUAACUGAUUUAAGAAAAACCAGUACAAAGAAAAGAUUUGUGUUUCACAAACUGAGUCGAGCCUAAAAAAGCUUUUUAGGUGUUUAAUGAUAUAGUUCAUCAUUCAGCAGUUAAAAAGGUAGCUGUUUUUAUGCUAAGCUAACUGAAGCCUCAUAGUUAAUAGAAGAAGUAAAAUGAUUAAUCUCCCAAAUCUUAUAGUAAUUAUUUGCUGCUUCAGAUGUUUUAUUUCUAAAUGUCCUGUAAAGCUGUUUGUAAAAAACGGAACGAAAACAUCGCUCAACUUGUGUCGAUCUUUUUUUUAUAAAUUGCUUGUGUCCGUGUUUCUGGUUUAAAGUUAAAGAACCGAAAAAAGAGGACAAGUUCCCACCCGAUGUAAAGCGUGCUGGACUUGGUCGUCCUGUAUUAUAACAGAGGCAUUCUGGGUAUUCAUGGUGGCCUUUUGUUUAUCUUUACUGUCCCAACAUUGUGAAGGACAUCAUGUACGUCAAAGUUCAUGUUUUUACCUCCUGUUCAUCAAAUAAAUGCUGUGCUCAAA